AUGGCGACUGUCUACGUUACUCACUCUAAAUGCCACGAAUCUCUGCUGAAUCUACUACACAAACGUAUCACGGUCAUCAACUACAAUGUGAACAGUUCGUUGAAGAGUUUACUUGGUAAUGCCUCGUAUCUUACUGUAGCAAAUGCUGUUUUUACUUUAAGAAAGCUUGAAAUUACACUGUAGAAUGUGUGAAUGUGUCAUAAAGUAUAAAUCAUAAUUUAAAUGACUUUCCUGAUAUAUAUGCUGAUACCUACUGUACUUCUAAUUUAAAAAAGCUACAGUAUUCUUAUCUAAAAAUGAUUUUCAGACAAUUUGCUCAAAAUACGAUCCAAGAUACGACAUCUGGGACUGAACAUUCAAUGCGAUGACACGAGGUUCCUGCUCAGUAAAAAGGAUAAUAUUGUAAGGUAUUCACAUUGACAUAUUUACUGUAAGAAAGCUUGUUGUGAAUAGUAUCACGCUCCAAAAUUACAUAAAAAAACAUUAGCUUAAAAGACACUUCAGCUGACUUCCAGACCGAGCUGAUACUGAUAAAAAUAUUUUUUAGCUAGAUACUUUUAACCUUUGAUUCUAAAUACAUGUAAGUCAUCAUGACAUUACUGUAAAACAAUAUAAUCUUCAGCACAUCCCCACCAAGAGCCCGGAAGGCCUUACCACGUUGAUGAGGUUCUGGAGGAAGGUGGAGAGGUCCAAACUUGAGGUGGAUUCAACUCUCGACAUCUUCGUCACGUUACCAUUUAAGGAUCGUCCCGAAUUACUGAGCCAAUUACGACGGGCCUUCAAGACAAAGGUAAGGGCCCGGUUACUAAGCAAUAUUACACAUACGAAGCCUUUCAUUACAUCUCCUUCCAGGUUUGCAUUCGGUUCCUAUCACGCAAUUCCGAUGGAAAGUUUCUCAAAAAGUAGGUUACUGUAACAAAUUUGAAGAAAUGGUUGUUUAAAGUAUAUUUUAUGACUUUAAAGAGUAUUUAGGUAACAUUUUGGGCUUAUUUGUAAUAAUAUUGGUUUAUAUACGACAUUGAUUAGCAUAUAAACUUGCUUUGUAAGUAACGUAGCUUUACAUUUACAUUACAGUAUACUUUACAGAUCUCCAGCUAACAUAUACCUGAACACAGCGUCGAUGAGUGCCACAAGUACUUCGAGAGCUGGUUCGAGCCAAAAGACUGGCUCAGCCAAGUCCAAACUGCCCCAUUAUGUGACAGGCUACGAGAAGUUACGAACUGUAGGCAAGGGCUCCUUCGGAAGUGCAGUGUUAUACCGGAGAAAGGAUGACGACUCGUAUGUCAUAAUCAAGGAGAUCAACAUCGCCGAACUCUCUCAGAACGAGCGACAAAUGGCGCUGAACGAGGUGAACUUACUGGCCAGACUCGACCAUCCCAACAUCAUCAGCUACUACGACUCCUUCUACGACGGUGGAGUGUUGAUGAUCGAGAUGGAGUAUGCAGAGGGCGGGUGAGUUGGCGGAGGGAGUGGUUGUAGCAGGUAAAAUGUGAGAUGUUUUAUGUUUUUGUAGAAAGAUAGAUUGAUUAAUAUUAAUAAAUAAUGAUGUAAGUAAUACUGUAAUGAUAAGUUAUCCAUAAAACAUAACUUUAGAACGUUGGCUCAGCUCUUGAUAAAACAACAAGAAUAUCUGAAUGAGAGCGUCAUCAUGACUCUGUUCGAACAAAUGAUAAGUGCUGUUGCCUAUCUUCACGAUAACAACGUGCUUCAUCGGUAAGAAUUGUUACCUAAAAUAUUAUACUACGAGAAAGUGGUUACAGUGUACUACUAUAUAAUGUUACAGUGAAUUAAUGUUAAUAUCAGUUAUGUUAUAGUGACCUAAAGACGGCGAAUAUCUUUCUGACCAAAGAGAACCUGGUCAAGAUCGGAGACUUUGGAAUCAGCAAGAUCAUGGGCACGGAGACCAAGAAUCUCGGAGCCAACACGAUUCUGGGGACACCGUACUACUUGAGUCCGGAAAUGGUACGUUUGAUUUGGUUACUGUAACGUUGCUUUAGUGCGAAGGAAAGACCUACAACGAGAAGAGCGACGUCUGGGCACUUGGCUGUUGUCUCUACGAGAUGACCUGCCUUCAGAAGCCGUUCGACGGUUCCAGUCUUCCGGCUUUGGUCAACAAAAUUGUUCAUGUAAGUGCUUGAUCUGUAUAUAUGUCAUUAUCAUGCAGUGUAUUACUAUAAGUAUGCGUUUACUUUACAAUUUCUAAAACUUGAGCAACUUUUACGGAGUAUUGUACCAAAUUAUACUAAUGUAUGGUACUCUUUCUUUUAAGGCGGACUACGAGCAAGUGAAAGGACCUUACAGUAGCGACCUGAAGCUACUGAUAAGGGAAAUGUUAAACACAAAUCCUUCGCAACGACCGUCGGCUACAGAUGUCCUGAAGUCAGUCCAGAAGAACAAAUGGCUGAAGAAACGGAAUCUGAAGUUCAACGUCGCUCAGAAGCCACAAGACUGUUACUCCGCCUUGUACAUGUUCGAGACCGAGCAGGUCAUGCUGUCAGCUAUAUCUAAUCUCCCUUACAGAAUCAACGUCAAACAGGUAUGUUAUUUAAUCUAGCUUAUGUUUAACACACAGUAACUUGAAGAAUGUUAUUUUACAUGAAGUGUCCCACAGUAACCUUUGUUGCAGAUAUCUCUUGGUCCCAAGCACUUCCUGCUACUGACCACAGACUCUCAGGUAUUCAGUUGGGGCGACAACAAGCAUGGUCAAUUAGGACAUGGCGAUCGGAAGCCUCGACAAUCUCCCACCAAGAUACCAGCACUGCAAGGUCAGAACAUCCAGAAAGUGGCAGCCGGAGAGUACUUCAGUCUGUUCUGUGCUGAUCGAGGUAUUGUCAUGGUAUGUGGGCACAAAAGUUAUCUUGGGAACGAUGCCAGUGAAGACUUGAUGGUUCCGCAGUUAAUCGAUGCUUUACUGCGGUAAGUCAUUGUCAUACAUACCUUUUCUGUUUAGGAUACAUUACGUAACGCUCUGUCAGUAUUUCUGUAUAUUGUAUAUGGCACGGUUUCUUGAUCUCACAGUAACAGUAAUAACCAUACCGUAUGGCUUAGAAUUAGUAAGAUUUCAGAGAAAAUAUUGUGGACAUAAGCUGUGGAUACGAACAUGUAGUAGGAGUAACAGAGACAGGUCAAGUAUUCGUGUGGGGCAAUGGUAAAGAUGGUCGACUUGGUACUGGCAAUUCUCACAACAUUGUCGUUCCUACCCAAGUAAGUGUCUACUGCAACAUUACUGUUAGUUUUGGUUAUUGAUAACUUAGCUAAUAAUGAGUAUAUUAAUCAGCCUCAGGGUGUCAUAAUUAUUAUGACACUUUCAGUUGAAAAUACCCACGAAACAACUGAUAGCCAACGUGAAAUGUGGUCCUGAUUGCACCAUGCUGAUUACUGUGUCGGGUACGGUAAUUGUGAUGGGAUCUAAUAAGUACAAUAAGCUCAACCUCAACUACAGAAUGGGAUUCUUCGCCAAUGUGAAGGACACCAAGGUACUGUAAUAUAUGGCCCUUUAUAUUAUUGUAUCAUAGCACAUAAAACAAGCCUAAUUGUAAGCCUACUAGUAAAAGAUUUUCAGACCGACAUUGAAAACGCGGAAACCCCAAUCGCUCUGAAGCCGUUCCCAGCCCGUGUAGUGGACGCCAGCCUCGGAUGGCAUCAUUCUGGCGUGCUUCUGGAGAACGGUCACGUCCAUCUGUUCGGGAGGAACGUGAUGGGUGAACUCGGCAAUGGCACUUGUCAAACCAUGCAGUUCUGGAUGGCCUACAAGCCAGUGAAGGCCCUCAUGUCCAACGUCUGUGUCCAGUUGGUUUGUGGAGAUGGCUUCACGAUGGUAGCUACAUCUACCAACGAACUCUACUUCUGGGGCGCCAAGAAGAAUCCGGACGUGGAUAAGGAUGCGUAAGUCUGGAACACCAAGUGCUACCUAGCACAACCUUUGAUUUAUUUGAAUGAAAAAGUUGUGUUAUCCUUUCAUAUUAUAUUAAUGUAUGUUUUCAGAACAUUAAAUGACGCUUCUGAUGCCCAUAAGAAACUGAAGUCAGCGCGGAGAUCGUGGCAAUGGAAGAGGGAUUCAAAUGCUGCUCAGGGUGUGUCAGAUGACGUUCUAAUGCAACCAACAUUGGUCAUGAGGUGAGUAACCAAAGUGCAUAUACCUUAUUUAACCCACUACAACAAACACAAGAGACAGUGCAUGUUAAACGCACAAUCUUUAUUAUCAAAAGUAAUAUAUUUUAAUCACAAAAAACUUACAGAUUAGACGCAGCUCGGACAACUACUGGCAAGAAGCCAUUCAUACGAUUGUCAACGUUGGUUUGUGUGAAUCGACGAGUUCUUGUAGCCAUUGACACAUCCCCCACAUUAGUUGAUGUCCAACCACCUCGAGGGCAAGUUUUGCAGCUUUUAAGGUUUAUAAUCAUAAUAUGAUUAUUAUUUUUAUACUUUAUUCUCACAAAACGUUUUUGAAAUCUGUCAUAACGACAGAUUUUUGUCAUGAAACGAAGUGUCAAAAUUUAUUUUGCAUCAUAUUUACAGUUUUUUGUUUUUAGAAUUGUAAAGUAAACUAAUAAAUACUUUAGAUAGAUAUAGAUAAAUGGUGGUUACCUUUUUAGAACCGCACAUCUGACGACUUAUGGACGGAGACAGUCGGCUCCAGAACUGAACGAUAACAGUCCGACGAGAACAUGGAUAAGAAAAGAGCUGGAUGAAGCUGAAUAUAUCGCUUAUCAGGUAAACAAAUUCAUUGUUUUGUGGUAUUUUAGUAGUUUGUUUUAACCUUUAAUUUUUAUAGGAUACCGGAACCAAAACAGAAGUACAAUUGAAAAGCGAAAUCGAACAAUUGAAAUUGAAACUACAAGAACAGAACAAUACAUUCAAAGAUCAGCAGGACCAGAUGGCCAAGUUACAUGUAGGACUGUUUAAAAUUUGUUAUCUUUAUUUUACGGAAAGUUGGCGAUGAAAACGUUAAUUCUUUGUCUUGCUCUGGUAUUAAACUAUUGUUAUUGUAGGGUUAAACUUGAUUCAUUACUUUCGAAUUUCAGACAAAGUUGACGGAGUUGCAGCAACUUCAGAAGGCCACUUCACAACGCUCAGAGCCUCCUCCAGCAUAUGCGCCUUCCACGAAGCCUCAGACGCUUCGGAAUCCUCUGUUUCCAGAAGUCAAAACUAAGAUUUGUACAAUUUGUUGA